GAGGAGCCGAGGGAGGGCCAACACUGGCCUGACUGGCCUGACUGGCCUGACUGGCCUGACCGACGGCGGGCCCAACACCAGAAUCCGUUUCAUCACUCACAACCGUCACAACCGUUGCUCGUCCUGUGUUGGUGGUUGCUCUGCUCCUGUCCCGUUUUGCUUUGUGGUACCGCACCAGUGGUAUUUACAUGUUGAAGUUGCUGCCCAAAGGACGCCUCUCCCACCCCUCGCCCUCCUCUUCUUUCCUCCAUCUUGGCGUGGGAUUGCUUUGCAUAUCAUAACCAGCCUUCGCGUCUCCCACGGCUGCUCUUCUGUGCUCUGCUCUGCUCUGCUCUGCUUCAAAGACUCCCCAGAGAACCCCAACCCCACUGCAGAUCGCCCUUGACCCAGUCAGAUUGCCUCCCUCCUCCGCUUACCCCGGAGUCCCAACUGGCGGUCUUGUGCCUACUCGACCCAUCCUUGACACGGAUCGUCGGCGCCUAUCAAACCCAAUCUUCUGACGACCUCUCAGCCUCUCCUGCCCUCUUGCCUUCUUUCUGUCCCCACAGCACAAUACGACACAACGCCACGCUCUGACCAGCCUCGGUUUCAACACAGGUCCGACAGUACUCUAACCUCUGCCGCUUUGCUCUUAGCGAGAGCCUGUCCUGAACAAAAUCCACAAACCACUCCAGCACCAGCCGACGACUCGCCAAGCCGUCAGUCUCGGUGCCAGCCAGGCCUCGUUACCCCUCCCUUAUCUACAAUGUCCCCUUGAUCUGCCAUCCUCGUGUCCUUCACCCUCAUCUCCCUCCACCUUUCAGCAUGGUUGGAAGUACAGAUGUCGAAACAUUACUUUCCACCGGGGCUUGGACUACCCAGAGAGCUAAAACUCCCGGCUUUGCUAACCCAGUCCGCGCGAACCAGUCGUCCAAACUAGAGCCACUUGGCCCAAAAGGCUCCAAAGCAUCCAGACCUUCCGCGUUCUUGUCCGGCUGUCAUCGCUUCCCUCCACCUCCCAGUGUUGAAGAUGAGGCUGUGUCGAUCGCUAAGGAACAGGGCACUUUGGUCGCCGGCGUAAGCGACGAGGAGCCCAAGUGCAGGGGCGAUGUCGAGCAGAAUCCCAUCAUCCUGCCCGUUCCUGAGUUCAACCCGGAGCGCCGAUAUGUGCUCGUCACACCGUCUGAGACAGACGAUGCUUGUCUCUCCGACACUCCGGCUCAAGAGAGACCGGUCUCAACCCCGCGGACAGAAUAUCCGGCCAAUACCAAGAUUCCGCUUGAUCGGAAGGCAGAUGAUGCGGUGCGGCCAGACAUCCAGAGGCGCAGGUCAAGGGUCGACUUGCCUCGGAUAGAGACAGAUGUCCCUCCUCCGCGUUCCAAAACUCCAUCUCGCGUGCAACGGGCCAGGUCGGCAACCUGUGUUGACCAGAAACCCAGAGAGACUCAGGAUUAUUUCAGCCCACACCCGGAAUCAGCACGUCCUGUCGCGGAUGCUUUCUUGUCGCCCGUCAUCAAGCACAGUACCAAGGGUCGUGACAGGGCGUACUGGAACUUUAAUUCAGGAUCCGAAGGCACAAGCCCAAGAGGCUCGGCGAGCAGCUUGAAACCCAGCUCCGCGGAUCGAAAGGGUCUCGACGGGUAUGCAAGAUCGCCCCUCUCGAGCAGCCCUGCAGCGCAGAGACGUACGCAUUCUGCAAUGGAUGUGCCGAGGGAGCCAAGGAGGGCGGCAGAGCGAGAGAGUUCCUACAAGACUGAGCUGCCUGUGCGGGCGAGGAGGAACGGCCCGCCGUCCCCAACUCUGGAUCAGUGUCAAUUGCCACCAAGAUCGACUCGCAGAGACUUGUCUCCACCGACGUCUCGUGCGCCACAGCCAAAGCUGAGCCGGCGGAAAUCCAGUUACAGCAACCGUCCUUCCGUGUCUCGGGCAGGCGACUACGGGUUUUCGAGUGAUGAGGACCGAGACCACAGGAGAUCUCGUACCCACCACGACCGCAGGAAGUCCACGUUCGGCCAUGGCGAUCGUCCAAAUUUACUUAGCCCCGGACUAUCCUCAGUCUCCAAGACGAAGUCGCGACCUCCGUCUCCCUUGCCAUCUCCCAAGUCAUCUCACGCACACCUGCCCCACUACGAAUAUCAGGAAGACCCCCGGAGUUCAACCGCAACGCUUAACACUGCCAGGUACAGGCACAGAAAUGAGAACGAGAGGCCCGUGUCCCCGAUGUCAUCCGGCGACUCGUCUCCUCGAGACCAUUCACGGUUGACGGUGGGGGGCUCUGGUAAUCGACCCAGAGCUGCGUCACGGACCCCCAGCAUCAGGUCCAAUGCGAGCACCGGCAAGCCAGGAACCAAUCCCGCGUCCGUGUCCGCUUCUAUCUCGAACCCGGCGGCUACUGCGACGGAGGAACGGAAAAGGCAGACGAUGCCGCCAUCCCCGGCUUACUCCCGCCAGGGCUCCUUGGAGGCCAUCCACGAUGCGAAAGAUCACUGGCAGCCAGAGCCCUUUGCCCCCGACCAAAGUCAUAUUUCGCCUCGACAGAGCGCCAAUGGUGUUGAACAGCCACCGCCAGUGGUGUCAUAUCGCCGCUUCUCCGAGGACGUCAACGCAGGCGCCAAACCCGGGCUACCGGAUUGCCCUAUGAAAAGACCGACCAUCGGAUACACAAACUGGCUGACGCUGCCUAGAUGUGACAACUUUACCAUCUGCCUGUCAUGCUACGAACAGGUCUUCUAUCCUACCGAGUUUCGUGAUAUGUUCUACCAGGCACCAUACCGCUUCAAAGAAAGAGAGCUCUCCUGUGAUCUCGGGACUUCGCCCUGGUACCAAAUUGCCUGGCUGAUGACACGCAAAUACCGACGAACCGAUAUACGACUGAUACAGGGCGUAUCAGGUGUGUUGUCCAAGGAGAGGAUUCCUUGCUACGGAAGUGCGCGUGUCACGCGGAUGUGGUACUCCAUCACCGACCCAGACACGAGGCACUGUCUGCCCGGUUUCCGAGUGUGCAGCCCGUGCGCCAAGUCGGUCGAAAUCCUGUUUCCGAGCCUGAUGGGUGUUUUCGUCCCCAGGGACCGAUACGCUGAGCCAAAGUCGGGGGAGUGCAGCUUGCACUUCACGGAAAACCGGAACCGCUUUCUCAUAUACUUUGACGUUUUCGAAAAGUGCCACGAUGUCGCCAUGGACACCAAAUCGGCCCCGGACGUUCAGCGUCUUGCAGACAACAUCAACUUCUGGGCGAAAGUGGACGAGUGCCCUCGCGACGAGCCCCUCCGGAACGCUAAGUGGAACACCAUGUCCUCGAUCCCGGAGAUGACGGUCUGCCAUGAGUGUUUUCUGGAAGUCGUCUUUCCAGAGCUGGUCGCCGAUGUCAAUUCUCAUACGGUCACGGGUUCCGAGCGCCGGUCGGUUGCCCGAGACUUCUAUCAAAACCCGUCUCUCAUCAACGAGGCCACGGUGUGCCAGAUGGCGAGUCCCAAGAUGAGGGAGGUUUUCCGACGGGCUUGCAAGCUGGAAGAUGGGAUCGACUUCCUGGAUGACCAGAUUAGAAGGAGGAUGGGUUACUAGGAUCGGGUGGACAGAGUCCUCUUGCAUGAUGGGAGAUCUGGGAGCUGAAAACGAAGAUACGAAGCCAUUUGGUUUCAAGAAUAUAGAUGGCACGAGGCAUGUUAUGCAAUGAUUAACGAUAUGAGACAAUAUAAUAACGAUGUAUGAAUGAAAGACUGCUUGAUAUAGCGUACUUCUGGUUGAGCUAUUGUCCAGGUGUUGGCAUGGCGGCGAUGAGCAUUUCAUGUUGUGAACCUGAAAAUCCAUACAAUCAGGGGCACGCGCUCAGAAAAGCAGCACGAUCUGCCGGAACGGGGCACGAUGAUCAUGACUUCAAUACAUCCUGACA